UGCGAGGUUGAGCUUGCACGUCGCUUGGAAGAAUGUUUGACGGGGUGAGAGGGAAUACGGAAGGAGUUUGGCUUCUUCUCGUCUGAAGAUUUGUGGUGCAGAGACAAACGUAAUGAAAAGUUCUUGAAGAAGGAGCGAACAGGGUAUCGAGCUUUCAGAGUCACGGAGAAGGGGCCAACUCUAACGUCUUGUUUCGACUCGAAGAAGCGACGGUGUUGGGUGCGAGGCUUUUUAGGAUGCUUGUUUUUGGAAGGUGUCAGGCGCUGUCUCCAGCUCGAAGCAUCGGUCUGCGGCAUGGAGCAGACUAGACUUUAUUGCCAGACCAAGCAACCAACAGACAUAACGAGAUCAGCAGGAAUAUGAGUCACGGUGUGCCCCGCGUUGCUGCCGGCGUGAAGACGGACGCCGCGCGCAGGAAGGAGCUUAAGCAGAUUGAAGCAUACCAAGGCCUGGUCGACAAUGUGCAAGCAAAGAUCAAGGCAGAGGAGUUUGGUGUCGACACACUAAACCUGACGUCCGCUCUGCUCAGCCAGAACCCCGAAUACUACACCAUCUGGAACCACCGCCGACGCGUCCUCCAGCAUGUUUUUGCAAAAGAGAUCAGCUCGCCGUCGACUGAAGAUGCCGAGUCCAAGCCUGCGCCAGGUCUGACUCCAGCUCAACACGAAAUCACCCUGUUGAUACGCGAAGACCUGGCCUUCCUUCUGCCGCUGCUCAAGCAGUUCCCCAAGUGCUAUUGGGUCUGGAACCACCGCGCAUGGCUUCUGCAGCAAGCCUCGCAAUAUCUGCCCGUCACUUCAGCCAAGCGCCUAUGGCUAGAAGAGAUGGCCUUGGUCAGCAAGAUGCUCAGCUACGACUCGCGCAACUUUCACGGCUGGAGCUACCGGAGAGAAGUCGUCGCCUCCAUCGAGCAACUCUCUAUCCAAGAGCUUGAAGAAGAGAGUCAAGAGACCACCGACAAGAAAUCAGAAGAGUCCAUGACGGAGUCCGAGUUUGCCUACACGACAAAGAUGAUCAAGACGAACCUCUCAAACUUCUCCGCCUGGCACAAUAGGCUUCGGCUCAUGCCCAGUCUCCUCAAAGAGAGAGACGCAGAUGCUGCCGCUCGCAAAAAGUUCCUUGAUGACGAGUUUGAGCUCAUCAUCACCGCCCUUUACACUGAUCCCUACGAUCAAAGUCUGUGGUUCUACCACAAUUACCUCAUGACAAACCUAUCGCCUAAGACCCCCCUGGACCUUAGGAUAGCGCCCGAUCUGACAAACCAAGAUCGCAUCGAGUAUUUCGACACUCAGUUUGAUUUACUGAAAGACAUGCUCGAAGAUACAACAGACUGCAAGUGGAUCUACCUAGCCUUGGUGACAUACACUCCUGAAUACCUUGAGAUUGAUGCUGGAAAUGAGAAGAUCACCACGCUCGAGUUGACAGCAUGGCUGGACCAGCUCGAUCAACUUGAUCCAUUGCGAAAGGGUAGAUGGUUGGACCUGCGAAAGUCAUUGAAUCUAUAAUGCCUCUAAAUGCCAAUCCUCAAUCAUCAUCAACC